AUGUCUCACGACGAACACCACGACGUUCACCGAGGCGCGCCGCACUCGCCAGACCAAGAAUAUGGGCCGUAUCCGACCUCAACAUACCCCAACUAUAGCAGCUCAAGAGCGUUUCCGGCCCCGGCCCCGACCCCUGCUCGCGCAGCAAUGGCUACCAUAGAGAAGGCUGCCGCUGCGAUACCCGUAAACGAGACCAUUACCGCCUUCGAUAGGUGGGCCGCCGGUGCCUCCGACGCCCAGUUCAAUGCCCUGUCCGGUGCAGUGGGAGGCUUCACUUCAGGCGUCGUGACGUGCCCGCUCGACGUCAUCAAGACCAAGUUGCAAGCACAGGGUGGGUUUAAUCCCGUCGAAAAAGGGAGGCAUGUCGGCCACCCGAAACUCUACAACGGCCUGCUGGGCACCGCCCGUGUGAUAUGGAAAGACGAGGGCAUACGGGGCAUGUACAGGGGACUCGGCCCGAUAGUACUGGGUUAUUUGCCCACAUGGGCUGUGUGGUUUACUGUCUACAAUAAGAGCAAAGACUACCUGAAGCACCGCCAUGAAAACACAGUGUUGAUCAACUUUUGGUCAUCCAUCAUAGCCGGUGCCAGUAGCACCAUCGUCACGAACCCGAUUUGGGUCAUCAAGACUCGCUUAAUGUCGCAGAGCGUUGCACACGACCCAGGCAAGCAUUACUCGCAGUUCCCGAGAUCAGGCAACACCCCGACUUCGAGACCGACAAUGCACAGCUCGUGGCAUUACCGGUCAACGAUGGACGCGGCACGCAAGAUGUACACUUCAGAGGGCGUGCUCUCCUUCUACUCAGGUCUCACUCCGGCCCUACUGGGUCUCACACAUGUGGCCGUCCAGUUUCCCGCGUAUGAGUACCUGAAGACAAAGUUUACCGGUCAGGGCAUGGGAGAGCCGACUCCGGGCGACACACAAGAAUCGCAGUGGAUGGGAGUGCUGGGCGCUUCGAUUUUGUCGAAGAUCAUGGCGAGCAGUGCUACAUACCCGCACGAGGUCAUCCGUACGAGGCUGCAGACCCAACGGAAGCCUGUAGGAGGGGCUGAGUAUCUCCAAGGCCUGGGUAUCAAGGUGACGCCCUCCGUGACAGGAGAGGAUGGCAAGACGCAGCAGGUACUAUCUCCAAAGUAUCGUGGCGUGGCCAGCACCUUUCGGACCAUUCUCAAAGAGGAGGGUUGGAGGGCUUUCUACGCUGGCAUGGGCACCAACAUGAUGCGAGCGGUGCCAGCCGCGACGGUGACGAUGCUGACGUACGAGUACGUGAUGAAGCAUUUGAACCACGCGAGGGCCGAGGGCAAGAGGAAAUUGGAAAGGGCCAGCGCGCCUGCUGAGCCCUGA